AUGUAAACGGAAUAAUAUUUUUUUGAUUCAGCUAUUACCAACAGAAAGAAUUAAUGGGUGAAAAUACAUUCAAUAAAACGUCCAAUCUCCACAAUUAGAUUAUAUGAAGGAACUUUAUUUAUAAAGAGCAAGAAACAUGAUUUAUAUAAACCAAAGUUUUUUAAGUUAUUCUCCGAUAGACUAAACAUUUAUAAGGUAAUUUGCACAAUAUCAUAAUAUUAGAACUGCAGAGAAUAGAAAGAAACAGCUGCUUUGUUUCUGACUACUGUGUAUUUAGAUCUAAGUUAGUAAAAUAUUGUAGAAAAAGAUGGUCAUCCUAUUGUACUAUUCUCAGGGUCUAAAAAGUACAUCUUUAGAGCAAAAUCAUAAGAAUAAAGAUAAAAAUGGAUUGAACACUUCAAGAAGACAUGCAUUCUUAAUAAUUAUAGAGAUAUUUUUCUGAACCUUAAAGUAAUAGGGAAAGGAACGUACGCAAAGGUAAGUGUAUAAAUAAAUAAGGUUCUCUUAGCCUAAAGAAAAGUAAAUUAAAGCAAAUAUGCUGUUAAGACCUUCUAAAAAUCAGCGUUAUUAGAUAAAAAUAAUAAAUAAAGAGUAAGAAUAUAACUGAUAUCAAAAAGUAAGGAUUACUUAAUGAAAUCGAUUUGCUGCGUUCUUGUGAUCAUCCCAACAUUAUUAAAUUAUAUGAAAUCUAUGAAAGCGGUGAUUACAUUUAUUUAGUCAUGGAACUGCUCGAAGGAGGAGAAUUAUUCGAUCUCAUUCUAGAGACUCAAUCCUUUCAAGAGUCCAAGGUGUCUCUGAUAAUGUUCAAGAUAUUCGAUGCUCUAGAAUAUUUGCAUACAAAAGUACUAUCAUUCAUUGAUUAGAUAAGAAUAUCAUGCAUAGAGAUAUUAAACCUGAGAAUAUAUUACUAAAAGAUAAAUCUGAGAAUUUUGAUAUAAAAAUUGCAGAUUUUGGUUUAGCAUCCUACACUGAAGCUGACCUUAUUAUCGCUAGAUGUGGAACUCCUGGGUAUGUUGCUCCUGAAAUUUUCGAAAAUAAAAAAUAUAAUGAAAAAGUUGAUGUCUUCAGUGCAGGAAUCAUUCUUUACAUUUUGUAAACCUUUAAAAUCAUAUUAGACUUUCUGGAUAAGCACCCUUUGAUGGAAAUAGUCUUGAUGAAAUAAUGGAGAAAAACAGAGAUUGCUAAAUUAAUUUUAAGGAUCUUAAAGUAUCUGAGGAUGCCUUAGAUUUAUUAAAGAAAUCCUUAGAACCCAAUCCUGAAUGUAGAAUUUCAUCUUUAGAAGCACUUUCUCAUCCAUUUAUAUCUCACUUAUACAAGAGAGAAUCUAAUUAUGUAGAUGAUAUUAAGAUAAAUAAUGAUGGCUCUAAUGAAAAAUUUAGUAUCUUAGACAAUAUGAAAAAGUUCGGACAGUGUGAUUUAAGGUCUAGGAUAUUAAAAAGCAAUUAAAAUGAAUUGAUUUAAUAAACACCCUUUUUAGGUGUAAGAGAAUUUGAUCCUAUUAAAGCAUCUUCUGAUAGUUGGUUAAUGGAGAAAUCAAGUACUAUCGAUCCAAAUUAUUUAUUUCGUUCUCCUAAUAUAUAGUAAUAAUAAUCAGAUUCUGAUUGUUCAAUUCUGAGCUCUCCUGAUUCGAAAAAGGAAAAGACAAGAUAAUUAUAAUUUAGUGCACUUUAAUAAAUAACUUUUCGAUAACCUCCUAAUUAAUCUCUUUAUCCACCUUAAAGUUAAUACAAAUCAUAAUUGUAAUUGAAUUUGAAAAAAGCCAAUUAAAUCAGAGAUCAACUGAAGAAAUUAGGUUGA